AUGGAGAACAAAUUCAAAGAAAGUUAUCAUGCGACAAGUAUAUUUGGUCAAUUAUACGACGAUGUUAAACAAUUCGAAGAACGUCUACAUUCAAGUCAAGAAACCAACGACACGAAUCUGUUGAAUUUUCCUUAUCAAACAUUAAUUGUUCGCGGAUCAGAUGCUUAUAUGGAAUCAGCGUUGACAACAAAGAAUGAAUAUGAUUUCGAGCUGAGACAAGUUAUGCGACAAUAUGGAAUUCACAGUGAAGCGGAACUUGUCUCUGGAUACAUUCUUAAAUUUACUUCGAAACCAUACGCGAAACAAUCGAAAUUAUUCGAUCUAAGAAAUGAGAUCAGCUAUGCGGUACAUGUCAUACAAGAUAAAUAUUUACGCAUCUUUUAUGAGGAACUUUACCGUCAAGAAGAAGUCGAUGACGAUUUUCAAUGGUCAGAUGUAACGAAAAAGUUAACUUGGCAAAAGCAAUUUACCUUAUUUGAGUUUUAUGCUCGAAAUGAAAUAACAAAGAAUAGUGAAAUCAUGAAGAAAGCAUCGGCAUGGUUUCGUGUUACAUAUAAAUGGCUAAUCGGAGAAAAUCGAUCGAAUAAAAACUCACAGCGAAAGCGUCGAAAACAAGAAGAAAACAAUGAACAACAACGUUUCCUUAGUUUUGCUUGGAUUGUUUACCCAGUGCUCAUGGUAAUGUACGAUAAACGCGAACAAUAA